GUUUUUAUUUUUUAAUAAAGUGUAUUAUAUUUAUUUAUAUGCAGUUAAGAAGAUAACUUGAUUAUUUUAUUGUUCUGUUCCAAAUUUUGAAGUAAGCUCGGUAAAGAGUUAAGCUCAAGAUGACUGAAGAAGAGAAUUUCACAGAAGUCGAUGUAUCAGAUGUUAUUGAGGAUUCCGAAAACUUACUUGAAGGUGAUUAUAAUAUAAGUGAAGCUACAAACUUACCGAACAACACUGAAGAAUCAGAAAUUGCUAACACUGAGAACCAACUAGAAAAAAAACUUCAAAGUGCCAACAAGAAUGAGGCGAUUCGUACAACAAAACUUCCAGUCGGCAGAAUUAAAAACAUUAUGAAAAUGGACCCUGACGUGCACGUUAUAAGUGCGGAAGCCGUAUUUCUAGUAGCCAAGGCAACUGAAAUGUUUCUUGAAACAAUUGGAAAGGAGACUUAUGUAUUCACAUCCCAGCAAAAGCGAAAAACAAUAGCAAAGAAGGAUUUGGAUGUUGUUAUCAACAAAGUUGACUGCUUGUGCUUUCUAGAAGGUGCUAUGGACUUUUAGAUUUAGGUUAAGUUAAGGUAAUAAAUUGUUAUACAUGUAUAUGUUUA